AUGGAGUUGUACGGCACGGUGGUGAGCAGCGCAUUUGCCAUCUUCUUGCUUCUGCAUCUGGGUCUGAUCCCCAUUACGGCUCAGGAGAACGAAGUACAGAUUGGGAUCGCAGGACAGGAUGUGAUCCUCAACUGCAGAGGCAUAUCUGACAAAACAGGUGUGACCUGGAAGUACUAUAAAUCUGUUAUAAGGUUGCUUAAAGGUGGCUAUUUGAAAGGCAGAGCUCCCAUGGCCCAUCGAUCUGAAAUCAACCUAUCAACCAAACACCUGAAGGUGUCGAACCUAAGCCUCUCCGAUGCUGGCAUCUACACCUGUGAAUACGACUCUCACACAGUCAGUAUCUCACUGCAUGUCUUUAAAUUGACAAUCUCUUCGGAUGGGCACUUCCUGCCAAAUGACACCCUCAAGCUGACCUUAAUGCAAAACUCAUCCCAUCCUCUGCAUGAUCUCAGCAUCACAUUGUUCAACAGUAGCAAUGACAUAGUAAGACCAAAACUCUUACAAAACAAGGGCAGUCAAGAAUAUAUGCUAGAGUUAGAGAAACUGAAGACUACAGACAACGGCACCUGGGUGUGUCACAUCCAUUCAGAUUCUCCAUUGAUUAAUCAGAAUAUCUCCUUUGAUGUGAAAGUAUUAGGUUUUCAGAAUCCAGAUUUGGAAAUAAAGUAUGCAACUAUUGAUACCACCGUCAUCUUGGCAUGGCAUCUGAACUUCCAGAAUAUAAAAUGGGAAAAAGGUUUCACAGGACAAGUGAACCAGAAACAACAGGAAAGUGUAACCAGUCGUAAGUUAUGUGAAUUCAAUGUCCCUGAGCAAGGAAAACAGCAUAAGACUGAAAGCAGCGACUGCUUAACUGGAAGUGUCGUGAAAGAAGACCUCCCCAAAGUCCAGUUCAACAACUCUGGGCAGUAUCAGUGCCAGCUGGAAUACAACGGAAAAUAUGUGCAGAGCAAGAUAGAGCUGGUGGUGAUGAAAGUCUCAGCUAACCCUGUUGGGCCACUCCUUAGGGGGGCCAAAGUGACCCUGAUCUGCCAGGUCUCUAGUCCCCUCCCACCCAAGGCCCACUUGUGCUGGGAACGUGUGAAUGGGACUCAGAAGGAUGUCAAGAUGUCAAAGCAGCAGGAAGUAAAGGUGGAGGUGAAUGUCAGUACUGCGGGACUGUGGAACUGUCACCUCAUAGUAGAUGAUGACAGGAAGAUCAGCCUUAAUUACACCGUGGAGGAAGCUCCUGUUUGGAUUAGCUAUGUGGCAAUUGGAGCAGGUGUUGGAGGCAGCCUACUGGUAUUUGGCCUUGCGUGCCUGUGCAUCGUAAGUGGUCUAAGGUGGCAGCAGAGAAGGCAACGUGCAAAAAGGAUGAUACGAGCAAGACAAUAUUUGCUGGAAAACAAGACAUGUCAGUGUCAACA